GCUGUUUGCACUCACAACUUCUUCACCUGUUUUACUAGCAAAAACAAAAGCUGACCAUGAGCGAGAACAAUGUGCGUGGAGACACACAGGUCAAUUCAGCCUCUAAAGAAAGCGCCUUCCCCUGUGGUGUGUGGUGCCCAAGGACACUUUGACAGCACCCAGAUUUGAACCGACAACCCUUCGGUCACCGGAUGACCCACUCUACCGACUGAGCCACAGCCGCCCUUAUAUGGUGGUAUUGACAAGUAUCACGAAUUACUUUUCGCAUGAAGGCCCAAUUCAUUGCCCGGUGUGACUGCAAUGGUGAUGAAUAAUAAAAUAGAAUUAACAAUAUAAUAAAAAAAUAUUUAUCUAUAAUUCUAUAAUAUAAUAACAAAUGUUUGUCAUAUUCUAUACUGCUUUCCUGUACUUUAUGAGUCAUUGUUGUCUCUUAGGAAAUUAUAGACAUAAGGACAAGCAUAAAAACAAGGAACACAGACAUAAAGUCCACAAGAAAGACAGGGAGCGAGAGAAGCUCAAGCACACACACAGAUGUUUAACACAACGUCCCAACUUCAUUGGAAUUGGGGUUGUAUUUUCAAUUUGCGGCAUUGAAGUGAUAUUUUUUCCAAGUUGCACCAGAUCCCUUGGCACAUACAACAAGAACGAGUACAACCGUUACAUAGUAAGUAAUGAACCCAAGGGGCGCACUGAGAAGAAACACAGAAACAAAGAGAAGAUGAAACACACAGAGAGUGGAUCAGACAAGCAUGGGGGCGAAAAACACACAGAGAAGCAGAGAGAAGAAAUGAUCAAAUCAUCCCAAACAGACAAACCUAAAAAAGAGAAACGGAAUAGACACAUAAGAGAUGAAAGCCAUGCAGUCAUUAAGAGUGAGCCUGAAGACAACAAUGUCUUCUACAUGUCCACCCACCUCCAGAACACACCCAAACAAGAAUAUGACAUAGAAGAAUAUAAACGCAAACCCCAAAAAGUCAAGACAGAAGAAGAUAAAAAGGUCAAGAAGAGGAGACAUGAGUACAAAGGCGAUGAGGAUGAUGAAGACUUGAACCCCAAAAAGAAGAAAGUAAAUCAUAAAGUAUCUGGAGGAAAGAAAGUUGAAAAGGAGGAAGAGAAGUGGAAAUGGUGGGAGGAGGAAAGAUACACCGAUGACUCCAAAUGGCGCUUUCUUGAACAUAAGGGGCCAGUGUUCGCUCCCCCAUAUGAACCAUUGCCCAGCAAUGUCAAACUUUACUAUGAUGGUAAACCAAUGAAACUUAAUGCCCCCGCUGAAGAAGUAGCUACAUUCUUUGCCAAAAUGUUGGACCACGAAUACACUACAAAGGAGGUCUUCCGAAAGAACUUCUUCAAAAACUGGAAGAAGGAAAUGACAUCCAAAGAGAAAUCAAAGGUCACAGACCUGAACAAGUGUGACUUUAGCCAGAUGCACGAGUACUUCAAGGCCCAGGCCGAAGCACGCAGGCUGAUGUCAAAAGCGGAGAAACAAAAAAUCAAAGAGGAGAACGAAAGGGUCGUGCAGGAGUAUGGGUACUGCAUCAUGGACAACCACAAAGAGGGGAUUGGAAAUUUCCGCAUCGAACCUCCUGGCCUCUUCCGAGGGCGAGGCGACCAUCCAAAGAUGGGCAUGCUGAAACGACGCAUCAGACCUGAAGAUAUCAUUAUUAACUGCAGCAAGGACUCCAACCAUCCUAAACCUCCCCCGGGAACCAAAUGGAAAGAGGUUCGCCAUGACAAUAAGGUAACCUGGCUUGUAUCUUGGACAGAGAACAUUCAAGGCUCCAACAAGUACAUCAUGUUGAACCCGAGCUCCAGGAUCAAGGGUGAGAAGGACUGGCAAAAAUAUGAGACAGCUCGCCGUUUGAAAAAAUGCGUGGAUCAGAUUCGGAACCAGUACAGAGACGACUGGAGAUCAAAGGAGAUGAGGAUCAAACAGAGAGCAGUCGCCCUUUAUUUUAUUGAUAAGCUCGCACUUAGGGCAGGUCACGAGAAAGAGGAAGGCGAGACCGCAGACACCGUCGGCUGCUGCUCACUGCGGGUGGAGCACAUCAACCUGUACCCAAAGAUGGAUGAGCAGAAGUAUGUGGUGGAGUUGGACUUUUUGGGCAAGGACUCUAUUCGCUACUACAACAAGAUCCCUGUGGAGAAGAAGGUGUUUAAAAAUCUCAAGCUGUUCAUGGAGAAUAAGCACCCUGAAGAUGACCUCUUUGACAAACUGAAUACAUCUAUUUUGAAUAAGCAUUUACAGGAGCUGAUGGACGGCCUGACCGCAAAGGUCUUCCGCACCUACAACGCCUCGAUCACACUACAGCAGCAGCUCAAAGAACUUACCUCCCCUGAUGAAAGCAUGCCAGCAAAAAUCCUGUCGUACAACCGAGCCAACCGAGCAGUGGCCGUCCUCUGUAACCACCAGAGAGCACCACCGAAAACAUUUGAGAAGUCAAUGCAAAACCUCCAGACUAAGAUCGACAAUAAACAGAAUCAACUUUCCGCAGCCAGGAAGCAGCUGAAGGCUGCUAAGGCUGAUCACAAGGCUUCCAAUGAUGAGAAAAGCAAAAUGGCUGUGGAGGUGAAGCGUAAAAUUGUGAAGAGGACAGAGGAGCAGCUGAUGAAGCUCCAGGUGCAGGCCACAGACAGACAGGAGAAUAAGCAGAUUGCUCUGGGCACCUCCAAACUCAACUAUCUGGAUCCACGCAUAUCUGUUGCAUGGUCCAAGAAAUGGGGUGUAUCUAUUGAGAAGAUCUACAACAAAACCCAGAGAGAGAAGUUUGCCUGGGCAAUUGACAUGGUUGACCAGGACUACGAAUUUUAAAACUUACACAAGUGUUGCACCUUUUUCGAUCGAUACUCGUUAUUUAAAAAAGAACUUUUAAUGAGGAUAAAUAGCUCUGCUGUGCAAUCACUGCAGAUUCAUGAAGAUAGAAGCAAACCUUGUUGGAACCGCGGCAAAAGUUAAUAAUUGACCUAUAAUGGUGUUGUUAAUAUUGAAAAGUUACUUGUUACUUCUGUUUCUCUGACCAGCCAAAGGAACACUAAAAACAAUAGAAAGCCAAGCACUGAAUAAUGAGAAGACAAUGACUUAUUUUCAUGUCAUUUGAUUUUUCCUUUUUCAUUUCAGGGAUAUACAUAAUUUUCCCAGUGUUUAUAAAAGUGUUUUGUAUGCAUCGUGUACUGGAAGCUCUUUAUGGCUGAUGUUAUACACUUUAUGUGUCUCCAGUUUGCAGUCAACAAGAUGUAGCGUUCGCUUUGGUUACAUGAAACUGCUGAAGUACAGCACUUAAAAGCUUUUUUUUUAUAUAGUAAGUCCUGAAGCAGGAUGUCAAUUUAGCCCAAAAAAAAGAUCAUAUGGUUUAUCACUGUAUGUGAUUUUUUUUUUUUUUUUUUUUGUAUUUCUGUGAAAAUGAAACAGGUGUCAUCAAAAUGUGGAAGGAUGUGUUUUUAUUAAUGUCAUUUGUUCAAUUUUAAUGACAUUUAAUUUCUCAUUGUUCAAUGCGUUUUGCGAGUGUGUAGUUUCGAGAAUAAAAAAUGUCAAACUUUCCCUUUUUCUUCAUUGCUUCAUUGCUCUACACUUUUUUAAUUACACUUAAGUUGUAUUUAACUUUCAAGGACAGUCAAAUACAUUUGCAUUGGAGUAUUUAAUAUUGGUCAUUAUUAUGGUACUUGGAGAGCUAAGUCAUUUUUGAGAUGGUAGUGUAAAACGUUUUACAAUCACUGGUACA